AUGACGUCCAGGGAUUUUGAUAUUCUUCGGCAACGGUACAAGUUUAUUCCCGAGGACUCGCAGCGGCCAAAUAAAGAUUGGCAAGACAGGAUGGUGCUUGGUUACAAUGAUUCUCUCUUUCGGGAGUUUGCACUAUUCACCACAAGAGAUCCUGCGGAUUCCUGUGCAGGGCCUUCUUCCAUAGCCAUACGAUGGCGCACAAAAGUCGAGGUAAAAUCUGGAAAGGGUGUCUAUAUUUGCAGCAAUCUAUCUUGCUCCGCCUGUGAAGAGCUUUGUUGCUUCGAAGUGCCUUUUUCUUAUGUGGAGGAGGGACGUCUUUGCAAGACCCUUGUUAAAUUAUCUACAUUAAAGUUUUCACGUACAAAAAUAAAGCACAUGAAAUUUGGCUUUUUGCGUCCUGGGGACCGUGUCACCGAUGCCAAACCCAGUGAUAGAGAAGCUCGUUUUAACGAUCGCCUUGAGCUACCAUAG